AUGGCACACGCCGUGCUUGUUUUCGCCGUGUUCCUGCUGGCAGCCGCAACUCAAACACAGGCCUACGUCAACUGCUGGGACUGCCCCUUCAAGUUCAAGUGCCCAAAUCGGCAAGGCCUGGCUGCAUUGACAUCAAUCCACUCGAAUCGACGCGAGGAUCGUCGCUGGAACUUUGCUUGCGCAUCCGCUGGCGUUGGCACAACCGGCCAAACGUCAAGGUCUGGCGGCCUCGAUUUCAACCAGUUCGAUCGGCCCCUGUCCUUCACUUGCCCAGAAGACUACUACCUCACCACCCUUGAGUCAGCGCAUUCAAACAACAAGGAAGACAGGGUGUGGAGGUUUGAGUGCAGAAAGAUCGCAAACGCAUACCUCAGGGGUUGCUCCACCACGGGUUACCUCAACGGCUUUGAUCAACCCCUCAACUACAUCGCAAGCAACGAUCGCAUCAUCACCGGCCUGCACUCCUAUCACAACAACCGCAAGGAAGACCGUCGCUGGAAAGUGUCCACGUGCAAGGUGGAGUGCGAUCUCAACAGCAACUACAUCACCCGCCGCGACCGCACUUGCGACACCAUCAGCGAGAGUACGCUGUCUCAAGGCACGUACGUCAAUGACUUCCAAAGCCCGUUUUACGUCACAUGCCCCGACAACACCGGCAUGUAUGAAGUUCGCAGCUAUCACGACAACAACCAGGCAGACAGGAGGUGGCGGUACUAUUGUGACACAAUUGGUGGUCCGACUGCGGGCAGCAAGACCGGAUGGAGCUCUGCCGAUUACUCUCGCCUUGGCCUGCGCCACACCUUCUCGUGUCCAGACAACACAUACAUGCGCGGGAUGAAGUCUACUUUCGUUGCUGACGCAAACGACCGCGUGUUCAGCUAUCAGUGCCAAGCCAUCUCAUCCGCUACCCUUACAAACUGCAUCACGCAGCCAUUCCAGAAUAUCUUCGACAACGCGCUCACCUUCAACGCUGGCACAAAGAGAGUCAUCACAGGCAUCCUUUCGGACUACCUCGCGUCAGCAAUGGACCGCACGUUCCACAUUCGAACCUGCCAAGUCUCGUGUGCCACGGACUACGUGUCGGACGGCGUCAAACCAUGUUCUGCCCUGUCUUUGACGCGUGGCAGCCUUUCCGGCGACUGCCAAGGCUACCCAGGCGACGUGUGCUCGUACAGCAGCUGCAAUGAGGGCUAUGUCUUGUCUUCCACCGGUGUCACCCGCACGUGCCAGGAUUCUGGCUCCUGGACAAACAGCGCUGCCACGUGUCAGCGGGUCACCUGCGGUUCGCUGUCCCUCUCCCACGGCACCCUCUCCGGCAGUUGCAGCGGCGACUACGGCGAGACAUGCACUUUUUCGCGGUGUGAUGAUGGAUAUGCCCCGACGUCUGGCUCGACAUCCCGCACAUGUGGUUACAACGGCUGGUCUGGAUCCGCCAUCAGCUGCGAACCCGUGUCCUGCCCAUCCCUCUCCAUCAGCAACGGCGCCACCAGUGGCUCGUGCAACGGCGACUACGCGAUUGAUUGUGGAUCACUGAGCUUGUCCAACGGGCAGCUGGCUGGCGGCUGCAGCGGCUCUUACGGCGAUGCAUGCACGUACGACUCGUGCAAUACCAACUACGAGCUCUCCGAGGAUGGUGAUGCAACGCGCGUGUGUCAGCAGGACGGCAACGACGGCGUUUGGACUGGCACUGCCAAGACCUGCGAACGCAUCAAGUGCCCAACGCUGACCGUGGCCAAUGGCGCUGUCAGCGGCGACUGUGAUGGCCUGUCAGUUGGAGACGAGUGCACCGUGUCCUCGUGCGACUCUGGGUACUGGUUCUCUGACAGCGGCAGCAGGACGGUCACGUGCACAGAAGUCAACGGCGAGCGCAUGUGGUCCGGAUCUCUCAACACAUGCGAAGCUGUGACGUGUAUGGCGCUGUCGCUGAAUCAUGGCUCCGUGUCUGGCUCGUGCUCCGGCACUGUCGGCGACCAGUGCACGUAUUCGGGCUGUGACGACGGCUUCCUGCUGUCGUCUGAAGGCACAACAACGCGCACAUGUACUCAGAACGAAGACACCGCAAGCUGGAGCGGCGACGCCAAGAGCUGCUUCGAACUGCUGGAAGGGGCGUCGGGGGAGACGUUCACGCUCUCUUGCGCUUCCGGCCAGGGCUUUGUUGGCGUCACCUCAGAUGCCCAAAACUCGGCUGUGGGAGACCGCCGCGACUGGGGCUUUGCCUGUGAUGAUGUUGGCAGCAACGACGCCAACCGUGUGUGGAACAUGCACGAGGAGAUCAACUCUGCUCGCGGCAGCUUUGACUUCACCUGCCCUCAUGACUCAUACUACAUCUCUGGUGUGACGACAUCAUACCUUGACAGCCCCAACGACCGCCUGUGGGGGUUCCAGUGCUCGCUCAUCUUUGGCGCCACACUCGGCAACUGCCAGCUCAGCAGCUCUUACAGCGCCAGCACCUUCAACUUUGACUACGCCGUCCCCACGGGACACGUGCUUGUCGGUGUCAAGUCGUCGUACUCCACAUCCUCUGGCUCCCGCUCCUUCCAGUUUAGGACCUGCGAGGUCCAGUGUAGGACUGGACAGGAAUACUUUUCCACUGGUGGUGCAGAGUGCCAGCGUGUUGGCUGUGGAGCGCUGACGCUGGAGAAUGGCGCUGUGUCGGGUUCCUGCGAUGGCAACAUCGGCGAUCAAUGCGACUACGAGCAGUGCAACGGCGGCUACACGCUCUCAGAGAGCGGCAGUUCCCAGCGCGAGUGCGUUGUGGUCAAUGACAAGCCACAGUGGUCGGGCCAGGCCAAGACGUGUGAACGCGUGACAACGACGACCGCCGAGCCAACAACGCUGGAUGUGUGCAGCGUGUACAAGACUGCGCCCAACCCAACAACGUGCCGCUCACAAUGCGACUACUACGACAGAGGCGAUGCAACCUUCAGCAAGUCUUACGGCGAAUGCUCCAACGUGUGCACGUGCGGGUGCCGACGUCGCUUCAAGAUCACCAAGACGGAGGAGCGGUGCAGUGCACACUGUGCAGACCAGGGUCUGGCCGCUGCGUUCCGCGACAUGCACCUUGGCUGCCGAAAGGUGUGCCUGUGUGUGGAUGUGGAUGCGCCAACGACGCCAGCUGGUGGUGCGCUGACAGAACCUGAUGCUGACGAGAACGCGCUCGACUUCCCAUUCAGCGAGUACAACUACGAAGAGACGUUCACAGGCGCGAUCACGGGCAACAGCAACCCGCGUCGCUUCUCAACUGCAUUUGAGACCAGCGCCACCAUUGUGAACAUGGAGGGCGAGUCGAUGCUGCAGUGCCUGCGGUACUGCGAUGCAGACCCGGAUUGUCUCGGCAUCUUCGCCAGCGUCGUCAACGGCAUGCUUCGGUGCCAGCUCAUGAGCGACCUUGGCUCCGGCACGGGCGUGUCCACACAGAUUGUGUCCAAGUCGCUGACCAAGGGCACCCAGCCGUCUGCUGUUGGGACGGCAACGCCUUCCAUUGCCAGCGCCAUCCAGACGGUUGUUGGCAACGGCGGCACGACGUGGGACUCGUCAGCAACCCUGCUCAACACGGGUCUCAACCAACCGGACUGCGUCACCUUUGACGGCGAGCACGAGAUGCUGGUGACGAUGGUGUCCGACCACCGCGUCAUCCGCGUGGACUUGCGCACGCGCACGUCAUCCCUGGUUGCCGGCACGGGCGAGAUGGGCGCGGACGGUGUUGGCGGCGCUGCCACGAGCGCACAGCUGAACCGCCCCCGCUGCGCCAUUGCCGAUGUGGAGGGCAACGUGUACAUCACGGAGGAAGGCAACCACCGCGUGUCUGUUGUCGAUGUGGUGAGCAAGAAGCUGUCGGUGUUUGCUGGCACCGGUGAUGGCGGGCACCGCGGGAUGGGCGGUGUGGCGACGGCUGCGCAGAUCCAUUCGCCACAGGCCAUGGCAUGGACAGAGGAAGGCAACCUGCUGUUCUCGGACGAGGAGAACCACGUCGUGUACAUGGUGAACCCGCACACCACCAUCAUCUCCGUUGUCGCCGGCACGCCGCGGGUGGCUGGCGAUGAGGGCGACGGGCAGCUGGCGAUUGGGGCGCGCCUCAACAUGCCUGCAGGCAUUGCCGUGUACGACCACAUGCUGUACAUUGCAGACAGCGGCAACCACCGCGUCCGCGCAGUGGAUCUGUACACGCAGGUCAUCACCACGGUGGCCGGCACCGGUGUUGCUGGGUUCAGCGGCGAUGGUGGCCUGCCCACGGACGCGCGUCUCGACACCCCGCGUGGCGUGGCCGUGCACUCGUCUGGCUCGCUUGCCAUUGCAGACAGCGGCAACCACCGCGUCCGCGAGUUCAACAUUGGCGUUGGCGCGGCCGGCAUCAUCACCACCACCGCUGGUAACGGCCAGCGCGGGUACAACGGUGACGGCAUGGUGGCCACAGACACGGCGCUCAACUUCCCGACGGGCAUCACCUUCUCCCCGCUCACCGACAACGUCCUCUUUGUCGACCGCCGCAACCGCCGCGUCCGCCAGAUCUGGGCUUGAUUGUGUGUGCAGCCGACAGUAAACACGCAGUUGGAAGGAUGUUGAUAUGUUGAUUGCUUUCACGCUCUGAACUCUUGAUCUGACCAUUCA